CAUGUUUGAUCCAAUCAGAUUUAUUCUUGCAAAGAUUGUUAGGACCGACCGCUAAGAUGGCGGACAAAACGGACAAUUUUUAAACUUGAAAAUUUAAUAUCGUGUUUUUACUUGUUAGCAUUGUAUUUAAUCAUGUUAAACACCGGGUAGAUCUACUUUAAUAGUUCCAGAUGUUGACUCUGUGUAAUUAUUAUGUAUAAAAAAAAAUUGGAAGCUUGCUAUUGGGAAAGCAAUUUGCAAUAUUAGCACUUUUUCAGGGCGAUCAAUAACCAGCUCUUCAAGUUAGUGCAAAUUAGCAGGAGCUUACGUAGAGUUUGGAAUGGAGGAGAAUGUAACACAAGGAUUUACAAAUCAUGAAGCCCUGAGAAUCCUGAAGAAUGAAUUGUCAAAAGAAAUAGAGCAGCAUGAAGAAAAGGAAAAACAACAGCCAUUUGGAUCCCACUUUGAGUCAUUAAAGCUUUCUAAGAUUGAAUCCACCUUCCACUGGAGUGGAUGCUUCAUUGUAGCAACAAUAGCCAUAUUGUUACUGGUCACUUUUGGGAUAAGUACACAGAGCCCUGACAAUGGAUUUGGAUGGUAUAUAGUUGAAUUUGUUAUAUGUCUUUUUACCAUUAUUAUAAACAUUUGGUUUUCUGUGUGGAAUACUCGACUACAUAAAAGGGAAUUCAUCUGUUUAUCAAAACUAGUCGUCAAGCAGAUAGAAGACUGCCUAUCCAAGACAAACUGGAGUAUAACAGAUUUCCCACCAGUUCAUUCACCCAUCUCUCCCUGCAUUUCCUUACAAUGGACAAUCAGAGAUGGAGAGAAUACCAAUGUUCCUGUUCCUCUCCUGGUCAAAGGGGACAUAAUCCUGCUAAGGCCAGGACAAAGAGUUCCAGCAAAAUGUGUGAUUUUGAGAGAGAACUCAGUUGGGGAUAAGAUUCUGAUGGAGGGGGAUAUUUUCGUCCAAGAGAAGGAAAUGGAGAAAAGGAGAUUUAGUGCAGAUGCACCCCAGAGUAAAGUUCCAGUAUCUGUGACUCAAUUUAAGCUUCUUGAGACUGCUUAUGUCUCACAACUAAGGAAAAUGUUAAGCAAUAAAGUGAAGCAUCCUGUUAGCUCAACAGAAAAUGAGAGAUACAACAUUGCCUGUGUUUGGCUGGAGAGGAGACUGCUGCCAUUUGUUGCUAUUUUACUUGUGGUUGUGAAUGUCUUGAGAACCAUGUACCUCGCGGGACACGUCGGACAUUGGGCAGAAACAGUCAUCAUAUUACCUAUAAAUGCUAUUUUACCUCUAAGCCCCCUUUUUCUGCCCAUUAUCUGGAGAAUGGUGAAUUACUAUGGUCAGGCCAGGGUGUAUGCUGCAUUCACAGUUGCCAAGGACAAAAAGGUGCUUUGUGAGGACAGUUUUAGCAGUGACAGUGAUAUAUCAGAAGACGAAGCUAAGGUGGACAUACAGCUAGGACAAAUCUUAAAUCUGUACUGGGACAUAGCUAAUGGUCACGGCUCCGUUAUCUCUCGACAGAUCAAUGUCGCUCAGACCCUAGGCUCUGUGUCGUCAUUUUGUUGUGUGGAUAAGAAAGGGAUUCUAUCAUGGCCAAAUCCUUCAGCAGAAAAGAUAUGUUUUCUGACCCCCGAAUCUCAGAGAGAGACAGCCAAUGAAGAGGAGGAUCAAGGAUUUUCUAAUUCCUGUGACAAAAUCAACCAUCCACAAGAGGGAACUGAAAAACAUACAACACAUGGAGCAGGUAGCAGUGUAGAAGUCCUUGACCUCACUCAUGCUGCUAUGAAUGCUUUCGAGUUGCAAUUUGAUGAUCCAGGCUGGAUGAAGUUCAUGUCUUCCUUGAAGCCUUUGGGCCUGAAUAUUUUGGCCAACACCUGCAAUGAGAAGACCAUGGAUUGGUACACUAAAUUUACUGACCAUGUGGCAUCAGAGGCACUGGCCAAUGAGGACACAGUGGCUGUGGUUAAUAGAAGAUGCCUGUGUGAGUUAGCCAGACAAAUUGGAUUCACUGAGAAAGCAUUGGAUGGAUUUCUACUGGAUAGGAUUCUUGGCCUUUAUAGGCAGGUGUCAUCAGAGGAAUCGGCCAAAGCUAAAGUGCACCGAGCCAAGUCCUUUGUACAUCAUCAGAUUCCUAUGCCAAACAUGUUCUCUGUGGUGAUGAAGGAAAAGAUGUCGGGAUCCAGUCAGAUUUUCUCCCAGGGAACCGGGGACAUCCUAAUGGACUGCUGUAGUGACUACUGGAAUGGAGAAGAUGUCUGUCCCCUCACUGAAAAUGACAGGAAAAAGAUGUUGGAUUUCUAUCACAGAUCCAGCAUGGCUGCCUAUUGCACAGCCUUUAGUUAUCGACCUUUGACCCAGUAUAUUUCACCACAACUCUGUGAGAACUUCAUACAGCUACCUCAGUAUUGGUCCAGCAUGAUUGAACGGACUUCUGUCUCAGUGAGCUCAGAUGCUGACAUGCAGUUUGACACCCAGUUAUGGAAGGAUUCUCGGGCCUUCAGUAUGGACUCGCUGUUUGACAACACCAGUACCUCCUCAGUGGAAGACACCAUUGGCUGCUGUCAGGCCCAGAGUAAUCAAGUGUUUAUUGGGAUGGUCACAAUGCAAUACCAGGCUAGGCAGGAUUUUGUUCAGCUCAUCGACAAAUUAGAAAUUGCCUGCAUAAGAUUUGUGCAUUUUUCCCAAGAAAAUGAAGUCAGAAGCAGAGUAUUUUCAGAGAAGAUGGGAUUGGAGGCAGGCUGGAACUGCCACAUUUCCCUGCGGUCAGAUUUGGGUAUGGGGACGGCCCCUACCAGUGCUUCAGUCUCGCAGGUCGAGCUAAGCAAUCGGUACUCUAGUCGCCACUCUUCUGACACAGCUGCUAAAGAAACCAACGCCUGCGCCAGACUUUUCCAGUCGCAGGAAUCCAUCAGAUCUAGAAGCUACAGUGCACCUAGUAUCGUCAAUUUAGACUCCUCGCAAGUCCGAUUUCAGAUGUCUGAUAAUGGCACCAGCAAGCCCCGACAGCGGUUUCUAAGUGAACAUCAGUGUGAACCUAUGAUUCCGACAGACAGUCAGAAUCAGGGAAGUCCGGAGAUUUUCGAAAGUGAAACCACUCCAUUGAACUAUGAAAGAGAAGGAGAAGAGAUUAUUUUAAAGUCUUAUGAGUGGACCAAUCAGACAUCAGAUAACAUGGGGAGUGGGAGUAGGAAUGCCUCUAGUUAUCUGACUGAGGAUAGCUUGACUGGUGCACUAGACAAUAGGGCUAGACUGCCCAAAGGAAUAGAGAAUAUAAGACCACACUUGGAGAGUGUGGACAAUGUACCUCUGUUAGUGAAUCUCUUUACAGACUGUACACCUGAGACCACACGUGAGAUGAUGGAGAUCAUGCAGGAACAUGGAGAGGUUGUGAUAUGCACAGGAAGUAAUCUCAACAUAGAAAAUGUCGACCUCUUUCUACAAGGAGACUGUAGUUUGGCAGUCGAGCCCUUGUACCCAGUGGUGUGUGCUAAGAAUGCCUCCCUGAUGAACCAGAGUGGGGAUAACUCCCUCACCCCCAUGGCUAUAGCCGCCGACCUCAUCAGCCUUCCUUGCCCCCUGGUUUAUAAGUUCAGAGACAAUGUUGGAGUUAUCCAGCUCAUUACAGAGGCUCGGACGUUUCUUUUGUCACUGAAGAACACCUUUUACCUGAUGUUGUGUUACCACCUGUCCGUGACCCUGAUACAGGUGUUGGCCUCCCUCCUCCUCCUGCCCCCUGUUCUUGCCCCCCAGCACCUGCUGUGGCUGCUCAUUUUUAUCAUCCCCCUCCUUAGUCUCAGUAUGAUGGGGAAUGCAGUGGAUUUCAGAAUUAUGAACAAUGCCACUGUCAAGUAUCCAAAGACUAUAACUAAAGAGAUGAUACUCCAGUUCCUCUGUUAUUACUGUUUGAGAUUCCUACCGGCCAUUAUUGUGUGUUUAUUCUGCUACACAUUUACCCUCCAUUCAUUUUGUGAGAAUGUUCCCCCAAACUUUCCACAUUCCUGUGCAAUAUUUAGUUUUGGCCCUCAGAAUAGUACUGUUACUUGGUAUGAGAAGUACUCAGGAGGUCUUAUAGUGGCUCAAAAUAUCCUACUCUUCUUAUUGGUUUUAUUCUUUGCUACAAUAUCAGUGAGCUUUGUCCAUUGGUCUGACCAGCUUUGGCAGCAGUGUCCUACAAGUAAUAAAGUGUGGAGUGUAGCCGUCAUUACUGUGUUGUUGCUUCAGUGUGUGUUUUUUGCCUGUGAUAUUGUAAUCAGGAGCAGUGGUGUCCCCUUCACUCUGUCCCUGGGAGAUGUCCAUCCAGCGGUGUAUGGAACAGGUCUCCCCUUCCCCCUCGUUAUUAUUGUGAUUAAUGAACUAGUAAAGAGGAGGGAAGUCAAGUUAUAUUCGAGAUACCAGAAGAGAAGAAGACUGAGUUUUGGAACAAAAUUAGGAAUGAACUCUCCUUUUUAAUGAGAUUUUUAUUUGAUAUUGUGAACUGUUUUGGAGCAAUGUUUGCUUUGUAAUGUGAUGUGAAUUAAUGGUUCAGUGUGUGAAUGUUGUAAAAGUGCUUACAGAUUUUAUUAUAAAGACUGACACAAACCAAAGAUUUGUAUAAACACUCACAAAUAUAUUUUUUUAUGUUUUCAAAUGCCAGAUUAAUUUGUUUAAGCAAAAAACUUGAGCUUUUUAUAAAACUUAUUCUAAAGAUAUAACCUUGUUGGCUCUAUAUAUUUUCAUGUGGAGGACUUAUAAGGAGCUUGAAUCUAGAAACUUGUCCAUGUGAAUGUACUCAAAGCUUGCUUGACAAUUUACAGAAAUCUGAACAAUCAGAAAUAUCAGAAUAGUCUGUUGAUCAAUCUUUUAAAUUAAAACAAAUAAAACUGUU